AUGCCUAUGAACCGUCCAAAUAUUCGAGGAAUAGGCCGUCCUGUUGGCCGUCAAGCUCGCCGAACUCGUCGAGGCAACUUGCAGCCAUCAUGGACUGCUCUACCUCCCUCUACGCGAGUUCCGCCUCCGCCUCCAAGUGAUCCCCCAUCUUCGUCUCGCACUGAUUCCCCUCCACCACCUCUUCGCAUCAUACCAAUGGGAUUGGCAAGAGAACUCCAAGAAGACAUUGAUAGAAUCUGGUCCAGCCUCUCCCAGAGGGCACUCUUGAUCACUUCCUUGAUGCGGGCUGGCAAUUCGGAUUUCGCAACCGUCAAUCGGCAUAUUCAAGCUUACAUUUUCGAGUUUCAUAUAUAUCUUCGAGCAAGCAGUGACGUGAAAGUCGCUGAGGAGCUGGAACGAAACUUCUACCAGUGGUGGAGUACCUUGAGCCCUGCUGAGCAACAGGAGCGCCUGUCUCUGGCCCAAGACAUGGCUCCACGGCGAUGGCCAGCAAAGGCUUGGUUGUAA